AUGAGCGGGCUUUUACUGGAACGGUUACAAGAGCGGGAUUCAAUUGAGAAGAACUUUUCGGAGCUCUUCAGUGAGCCUUUUGUGGACCAAAAAGCUCCGUCUCGCAAAGCAUCGGAAGACCAACUGGCGGCCCUCAAGUCGGAGUUAGAGAGUAAAGAUAGAGAGAUUAGCGACCUCAAGGCGACUUUGAAACUUAAGAGCAAGGACACGGAGCAUCUUAAUGAUGAAAUCAUCACACUCAACAUAGAGAAUAACCUACUGGAAGAACGUUUGAACAAAACAAAAGCAGAAUACGAUGAGAUUGUGCAGAGAUGGCUCAAAAAAGUCCAGCAAGAAGCGAAUGUUAUGAAUGAUACUCUCAAAUAA